AUGCUUUCUGCUCCUCCCUCCCUGCAGGUGGGUGCAUGCAUAGUGAACCAGGAGAACAAGAUUGUCGGCAUCGGCUACAACGGCAUGCCUAACGGCUGCAACGACGACCUGUUGCCAUGGUCACGCUCCGCUGAUGAUCGGCUCAACACCAAAUACCCGUACGUGUGUCAUGCAGAGCUGAACGCCAUCAUGAACAAGAACAGCGCCGAUGUCAAAGGAUGCACCAUGUAUGUGGCUCUGUUUCCCUGCAAUGAGUGUGCCAAGCUGAUCAUCCAGGCAGGUCUGAAGGAGGUGGUGUAUCUCUCUGACAAGUACCACGACACGCCGGAGAUGGUGGCUUCCAGGCGGCUGCUCGACAUGGCGGGAGUUCAGUACAGGCAGUUCAAACCCAAGAGGUCUGAGAUCGUGAUAGAUUUUAACUCCAUUAACCACAGAGGGAGCGCCGGAGCGGUGAGGACCCAGCAGGACGGCGCGUCCACGCUGGACGCCUGAACACGUCGCCGCUGGCCGUGGCAUCGUUUCAUCUGGGUCUGAGCUGCAGGGUCGCUGCUGGGUCGGGUCCUUUCAAACUUUUCAGGCUGGGACCUUUUCCCCUGGAUGUCUCUGUGAAAGAGGCUCCCACUCUGCAGAGGCAGAAACUUUAUCAAACUUUUAUUCUUGGUCCACAGUCAGUGUUUUUAUCGGUUGUAAAUAAGCUGAGUAUUCUUGUUACUGUGGGGGGGCAAUGUUACUUUGGUCAAACGGCUCCACUCUGCUGAAUCUGUGCCUUUAUGAAUGAUGGUUGAAGCAGAUGUGCUGGAUGUCAGCCAUUACUGCCUCUGUAAUAAAAGU